AUGAGUUCUGUUAAUAUUCGUACUGUCAAUGGUGCCAAACAUAAUGGUCAAUUGCAUCUUCAUCAUCAACGAAUUCAAAAUAGAGCUGCAGCAGUGCUUGAUGCAUGGAACGAAUUUGGUGAAUCAUUACCAAUUGAUGUAGUUGCACACAUGCACCAUAUUCAAGUUAGUCAAAUAAAAAAGGAUUUAUAUGGUGACAAAAUUGAUUUUAAAAAACGAUUUAGCACCAAAUCAUCGCUGAAAUUUGAACGUGCACUUGAACUAUGUAUGAAAGAAAUUGAAGAAGGUAUUAAUUCUGCAUUACCGGCUGUUGCACACAAUAUUCCAUUUAUGCUUAUACGUGAUAUUCAAAACAGUCGAAAUGUAAAGCAAGUGGUUACUGAUUUUUUUCGUAAUAUCAUGACAUCGAAUGAAAAUGAAUCAAAAGAAAAUCCUGAAUUUACAAUUAAUGCAGUUCAUUCAACGAAAAAAAUUUUUACUCCAACAACAUUUUCAUUAAUUGAAAAUCAAACAAUUACUAAUCACUCGACCACAAGCCAAUUUGAUGCUGAUGUUGUACGUUCUGAUUUUGCAGAAGAAAAUGUUUUAUUUAAAGAAAAAAGAAAUAUUUCAUUAACAUCUACAUUUAUCAAUUCAUCAUCUUUAAACAAACAUAAUGAAUCUGAUGCUAGUCGUUGCUGCACUAUUGAAUCACGAAGGCUUCAAGAAACACCAUUGAAACGUUUAAAAAAACUUUUUCAUGAUACUGCUCCAUUAACGUCAUCUCAACUGAAUAUGGAAUGGUCAAUCACACAUGUUCAUGAUUUGGGGCUCAAUAAUACAAAUGCAGCAAAAAAAUGUUUAAAUAUUUGUUAUAUGAAUUCCAUCAUUCAAUGUCUUGCUAAUGCUGCUCCAUUUGUUCAAUGGUUAAUGAAUGAUGACCUUCAUCGUACAUGUACAUUAACAACAAAUGAUGAAUUUUGUUCUUGUUGUCUUCUUCGUUUAAUUAUCAAAAAUAUUCAUCGAAAUUUUCACAAUUCGUGUGAUUCAUUUUCCGAAUUGUCCCAAGCAUCAGCUGUACCCAGUAAACAAAAUUAUGAAAGCAUUUGGUCUAUUUCAAUAAAUUCUUAUUUUAAUCUUCAACAAGGUCUUGAUACAUUCUGUUCAGUAGAAGAAUUAGCAGGUGAUGAUAUGUUUUUUUGUUCGAAGUGUCGAACAAAAGUUUUAGCAUUACAAUCAACAAAACUUAUUGAUGCAUCACCAGUUAUUUUUAUUCGCCUCAAACGAUUUGUUUACGAUAAAAAGGUUAAAGUCGUUCGUAAAAUAAAACAAUUGAUUUCGUAUCCAGAAUUGCUUGAUCUUUCAUCAUUUAUAACUUCAGAAGCUCUACAAUCUAAUAAAGAAAACCAUAAAUUUAAUGAAUUUAUCUAUCAAUUAAAUGCUGUGGUAGUACAUUUUGGUGAAACCGUGGAUAGUAGUCAUAUUUUUUCAUAUAUUCGAUCACUUGAUCAUUUAUGGUACAAAGCCGAUGAUGCAUCAAUUACAAAAACUAAUUUAAAUAAUGUACUUGAUGAUAAUGAUGCUUAUAUUUUAUGUUACAGUAAAUUAGCUAAAAACGAAGUAAUUUUACGUCAAACAGAAGUUUAUACAGCUUGUAAAGAAUCAUCUCGUCUAUUAUUUUCAUCCACUCCUAUACGUCCUGAUGAUAGAGCAUAUACAAAUAUUGAAGAUCGUACAACGACUCGCGCAAAUGUUUUAUUGAAUAUAUCUGGUUCUGUUGAAGAUGACUCGUCGAAACAAGAUGAACCAAUUGAGUUUCAAACGGAAAGCCAAAUAGAAUUUAUAUCAAAUAUGGAUCGUAAUGAAAAAUAUCCGAGUAAUUGGAUUUCAUCAGAUACACCAAAUUCACCUUUAACAUCUCAAUCACAGAACAUUCCAUCACAACAAAAGAAACGUGUUUUAUUUAAUAACGACUCCGUUAAAUUAUCUAUUAAUUCAAUACAAUCUCAACCAUGUUCGAAUUCCAACAUUAAUAUUGGUUCACCACCAAACAUUAGUAUUGAAGAUUCACAAGAUGAUAACAAUUUUAACAUACAGUUACCAUCAUCAUAUCAAUUCAAAUUACAAUUAGUGGACUUGGUAAAACUGAAAUCAAUUCGAACAACAAAAAUUAACAAGAAAACUGCUCGUGUAUUUAAAGCAAUGGGUUUAUCUAGCGAAGUUGAUGAUAAAUCACCAAAACAAAUAUUUUUUUCAAAGCAAGCUAAAACAACAAGUAGUAUGGUGGACAAGGUUGCUGAUACACCAGGUAUUCCAUUUGAUUCAUCCCAACAGAAACAAAAACAAUCAAGGGUGGAUAUGUAG